AUGCGCAUUCCGCCUUGGAUGUGCCGCAAGGGACUUCGCCAGAACGAGUGCCCGAUGUUUCACUACGGUGUUGGCAUUCCCGUCGAGCGGCUCAAAGCAUACGGCAUCAGGCAUGGGUUUAUCCCCCGCGACGAGGCACAUAUUUCCUUGGUUGUCAUCAGCUCCCUGGACCUGAUAGUCAAGGAUAUCGCGAAACGCUGCAACGCCAACCUGUAUCGUGCUAAGGUCGCUCACUAUAGCUAUACCAAUGCGGUGGCCCUCUACACGAACUUCGGCAAGUACUUGGACCAUCGUUCGGAAGAGGAGGAUGAGAGGGUCAUCAGCUUCAUCAAGGCCGAGCUUGAGCUCCCAUCCGAUUGUCGAGCCCUUUGGUACUGGGAUACUCGUACUCCAAGAACAGUGACUGAAGAGACGGUCUCGAUUCCCAAGGCCAUCGAAUUACGCAUGCAGCGCUUGAAACUAGAAAACGGAGAACAAACCAUGGAGUUUGAGUCCGUAGACGAGGAGAUCAUACAAAGGCUCGCGUUCCUCGUAUUUCGCCGUCUUCAGUGCUCUGUUCUGUCUGCUAUCGACGAUCGUGUUCCGUCUUCGCUCUCCUAA